GAAUGAGGUAAAAGCAGACGAGUUGCAGGUGCCCGACAAUGGCGACUCGAAAAAGAGCAGAAAAAUCUCCCGAAAAGAGACAGAAUGAAUAUUUGGAGUCGGAAAGCAGUGAAGAGGAAGAAUCAGCACUGGUCUUACUUUCAAGAUCUCCAAGGUCAAGGGCAGCCAAAUUACAUACAUCACCAUCAAUAUCUGCCAGUCACCUUCACAUCACUAAUUUACUUUGCAAAUCUGGGCAAGAAUCUAGAACAAGGAAAAGGUCAAUAAAGGUUGAAGAAAAUGAAGAAGACCAAUCAAAUUACAUGUCUUUAGAUGUCCUUGCACAAGUUGCUUCUGAAACACUUGAAAGUGAACCUAAAAGAAAUAAUAAAAAGACCAUGAGAUUGUUAUCAUCUCUGGAGAUUUUGAACCUCAAACAGAUAAAAACUCUCUCAGACAAAUUUUUAGUCAACUUUUAUGCUGAAAUGUCAUCAAAUGAAAUGACAAGAAACUUCAUAUAUACAUGUAACUUAAUGCCAAGGAAAUGCCAGACUCAGUUCAAAAGUUUUGGAAAUGAAUCUGGUGCCAGAAUGAAGAUGAGGAAUCAUUUGCAUAAACAUCUUGAGCAAUUAGUUGAUGAAGAAAAUGAUCCUGACAGAAAAGAACGUUUUUACUUUGAGGCUGAACCUGUUCAUAUGAAGAAUAAAAGACUAGCAGAAAUGGCAGCUAUCAAGAAAACAAAGAAGAUGAAAUUUACAGCAUUAAAAACAAGUAAAUAUGACAAUAUAACAAACACAACUACCCCAGCAGAAUUAAAGAGUGGUGAAGUAACUGAGGACAGUAGGGAUAGCAUGGACCAAAUUUCUGGUGAUGAAAAUGAUUCAUCUUCAUUACAGAGAAGUGACAGAACAAAAAUUAUUACUAAACAACCUAACAAGGAAGUAAAAUCUGGUAAUAGGAUAAUCAAAGGAAAAAACGAUGUUCAACCAGUGGAACAAUCAGAUAAUUAUUGCAGAGAAGAAACGGAGAGGAGACUGGAAGAAAAUGAACAAUUAAUUAUAGAGCUGUUAAGUAGAACUCAGCCUCAUCAUGACCAUAGCUACACAACAGUAUUUGGAAGGAAGAAAAGUUUCUACAUGCGUGAAUUUAUUGGUGAAGCAGAAGAAGAAGUUGAGGUUGAAGAUGAGGACAACUUGAAAUUUUACUGCGGAAGAGAAAUAAUUCGACCAAAACGUAAUGCAGAACCUAUAUUAUGUCUGGGUAAUGUGUCUGUGAUGGAUGAGUUGUCAGGAUAUGGUCAUGAUGAAGCCUCAAAAACUAUAAUCGUGUGUUCUGAAGAAAUCGUUGGUGACAGAUCUGAAUCUCCCUCCUUAUUGUUCGAAAAUCCUGUGAUCUCUAAAGGACACAGUGGUCAAAGACCAUACCCACCAAUGCCCAAGUGCCCAAUAGCAAAGCAUGGAAGAAUUGCAAUUCCUGAAGAAUAUGAAUCUCUGUCAGAGGAAGAAAGAAGAAAUCGACAGCAAUCUCCAAACAAUACAUGUGUUAUUAAUAUAGGUCCUCAUACACAGAAGAAAAAGAGGAAAAAUCCAAACGAACUUGAAACCACGGAAUGGGAGAGAAAAGCUGCCUUAAAGUGCAUACGAGAAUUGAAAGCCAGAAAGAGGGACUUAAUGUAUCCAUUAUAUUGUAAGAUCUGCACAAAUAAACAGUUCACAGCUGCGGCAACUCUCAUGUAUCAUUACAGAAGUCAUGCAGGAAUCAAGCCUUUUAUGUGCCUUAUAUGCAAUACAACAUUUACGAGACAACAUAGUUUGAACUACCACAUGUUAAUUCACAAUAAUCAAAGUAGAUUUACAUGCAAGGAUUGUGGUAGGAAGUUUAGACAUCCAAGUCACUUUAAGGAACACUUGCGUCGUCAUACUGGGGAAACUCCAUUCAUAUGUGCAGAUUGUCCUCAAAAGUUCAAAACGAGAAACACAUACAAAAGACAUCUAAAAACAAGACAUGGCAAGCUGUUGACAGCUUCAGGUAUUAAAAUUCUCACUGUAGAAGAAUUUGCUAAAAUCAGGACAAAACCAUACAGAAGAACACCCGACAAGGAAGUAAGAAAGAUGGUGUCAGAAAUAAAAAGUAAACUUGAAAUGGUAGACAAUGAUUCUGAUGUUGAUAUUACGGAUGAGGACGAUGAUGAUACUUCUAUGCAGGAAAAUAGUAUUAACAUCAAAGAAGAAGAAAAUUCAAAUAAUGAGGGCACGUUGGCAGAUGGAAAUACAUUGUUUAUUCCAUUGGGUAUCUCUGUCAAUUCAUAGUUGUUAUAAACUAUCAUCAUUGUAUUAUGUAAAUAUUGUUGAUAAUUAUGAAGAAUUUUUGUAUGAAUUUUUGUACUACUAGGUUUUUUUUAUAACCAAUGAAGUGCUAGCUUUUGAUGAUUGUAGGAUCAUGAAUUCAAUUUGACAUAUGAAUUAUAAAAAGUAAAAGUAUAUAGCAUUAUCAUAGAUAUUAUUGAU